UGGCGUCUCACCAUCAAGGUCUCAGUGUUUAAGACGAUCGAGUGAAGGCAGCACGGUGUGGCAGGUUUCCUAAGGGAGUCAGCUGACAGAGACAGAAGCGUCAUAAGCAUCUGUCGAUCGUCUCCGCAAAUGUUCUCAUCCUGAACAGUCCAACCUCUCCUGUUCUUCUUGUUCUUCCUGUUCUUCGUCCGAGGUCUUAGCUCGGGGACUCCACCUGAGGACGGCAACAUCUUAAGGACCUAAGCCUAGCACUCCUCGUCACCAUGGGUUAUCCUUCGAUCCUGGAGCCGUACGCGGGCCUCAUUUCGACGAUCGGCCUGUGGGAGGACGCGGUGCCCUACGUGGUGUGGGGCCACGUCCUCGUGUUCGUGUGCCUGCUGGUGGUGGCCAGCGUGGGCAGGAGGCUGAGGCUGCGGAGGAAGUACGUGGACAUCCUGGACAGGGUGUUUCAGUUCGUGGCGGCGAGGACGGAGGAGCCCGGCCUCGACCAGGAGGACGAGGAGGACUUCGACGACGACGAUGGGGUGGUGAUCUGCCCGGAGUCCCCCCGCGCGGACCCCAGCCUCCACCGGGGCACGUUCGGGCUGCAGGACUCGCUGCCGUACCUGACGGCGGGCAUGCGGGCCGUGGUACAAGAUUGCGUCAGCAAGAGCUUCACCUCCGCCGAACUGCGCACGUGGAACAUGCUGUCCAGGACGAAGCGGCAGCGGCACCUGCGCAUGAGCCCCUCGAUGACGGCGUUCUGGGCGGCCGGCGUCGUGGUGCGCUACGGGUUCCUGCUGCCGAUGCGCGUGCUGGUGCUGCUGCUGAGCCUGGCGACGCUGGUGCUGCUGUGCUCCGCCGUGGGCCUCCUGCCCGACACCCGCUUCAAGAAGCGCGUCAACGCCUGGGUGGUCAGCUGGUGCUUCGACUUCGUGGCCGGCGCCAUCUCCGUUGUGGCCAGGUUCCACAACAAGGAGAACCGCCCCAACUACGGCAUCGCUGUCGCCAACCACACGUCGCCCAUCGACUCCAUGGUCCUCGCCACCGACCAGUGCUACGACAUGGUCGGGCAAAAAGCAACGGGUAUUCUCGGUGUGUUCAUGACGGCGCUGUCUCGAUCCUCGACUCACAUCUGGUUCGAGCGAGGCAGUACGAAGGAGCGAGCGGAGGCGGCGGGAAGGUUACAGGCCCACGCUUCCAACCACAACCUUCCUCCUAUCCUGAUCUACCCCGAAGGCACCUGCGUCAACAACACGGCUGUGAUGCAGUUCAAGAAGGGGGCCUUUGAGAUCGACAGCGUGAUCUACCCGAUCGCCAUCCGCUUCGACCCCCGCUACGGCGACCCCUUCUGGUACCAAGACACCUUCGGCCACUACAUCCUGAGCAUGAUGACGUCAUGGGCCAUCGUGUGCGACGUGUGGUACCUUCCGCCCACGCGCAGAGGCCCCAGGGAGUCGGGGGCGGCCUUCGCGAGCAGAGUGAAGGGCUUAAUCGCACACAAAGGAGGCUUCGUGAAACUGGCUUGGGACGGAUUCGUGAAGCUUCAGACCACAAAGAACGAAGCUUGGGAGAAGAAACAGAAUACGUGGAAACAGAUGCAACAGAGAGAAUACGCGAAACACCUGAGUAAAGAUGAGGAGAAGGAGGAAUGAGAGGGAAUGAUGAGGGAGGGUUUGGGAAAGGAGAGGAAGAGUGAAUGAGGAUUGGGAGGAGAUAUGGAAGAGGAGGAA